UCUUGGAGAGGAAGCCAAAGAGGAGCAAAAGGAGCAAGAGGACCACGAGCCUGCAGCUGUGGUCACAGCAGAGCCUGAUGGUUCCAAGAGAAUGACAGAAGCAGCAGCAGUCUCUGCCCCGGCUCCCUCUGCUCCUGGAGAAGAAGCCAAAGAGGAGCAAAAGGAGCAAGACGACCACGAGCCUGCAGCUGUGGUCACAGCAGAGCCUGAUGCUUCCAAGAGAAUCCUUCCAGAGAAAGAGCAGGAGCAGAUUGCCUUAUCAGAGAUGCCAUGCCAGACUCAGGGAGAGCUGAGAGCCCGAGAGCAGGAAGAGCAGCUCAGGCAGCAGGUGGAAGAGCCACAGGAGAAUGGCCAGAGCAUCAAGGCAGAGCCACAAGCAGAGCAGCCCGAAGCUCAGAGUGCCAUCACGGAAGUAAAGAAGAACCAGGAAGACACGAGAAGAAUUCAAGAGGAGAUGAAUCUCCAUCAGCAGAGGGGCGAUCAACAAAACCAGGUGAGUGAAAGAGUGGCAGCCACUCCACUCAUGAAAGAUCCUCUCUCUUGUAUUUUACAGAACUUGAAGGAACAGCUGGACACAGACUUUCAGAAAGCUCACGCUAAGAUCAUGGCAAGGGAGAAGAGGCAGGAGGAAGAAAUUAAAAUCAUCAGAGAAAAACUUAAUCCCCUCCCUCAGGCUCUACAAAAGCAAGUGGCCAUAAAGAAAAUAAAUCUCCAAGGACCGAGGAAGAAGGAACUAAAAGUCAAUGAACUUAUGCUCAUGAAGACAAAUAAGAAUCCCAACCUGGUCAACUAUUUAGACAGCUACCUUGUGGAUGGGCAGCUCUGGCUGGUCAUGGAGUACAUGGACGGAGGCACUCUGAGCGAUGUCAUCAGCGAGACCUACCUGUCUGAAGACGAGAUGGCAGCCAUCAGUCGGGAGUGCCUGCAAGGCCUGGAUUUUCUUCACUCGAACCACGUGAUCCACCGAGAUGUGAAGAGCAGCAACAUCCUUCUCAGAACCGAUGGCUCUGUCAAGCUGGGUCAGUGUAUUCUUGGUCAGGUGCAGCAUUCCAGGGAUGUGGGCUGUGGGGCUGCUUUGAGUGACUGCCAGCUCCCCAAAAAUGGUGCUGGUGGCAGUGCAGGGCCCCCCACUGUGAGCUGAUGACACAGUUGCAACGUGCACAGAGGUAUAAGGAACCACGAGAAGUCAAGAGUGGCAUUGCUCUGUGUGUGUCUCUUCCAGAGGGAGGGAGCUACAAUGUAAAGCUUCAGGGGAAUGAAGGCCACUGCUGUGAGCAGCUUAAAACAACUGGGGUUUUUUUGGAAGUGGUCAAUUCCAUACUUCCUUGUCUAAAGCCCUGAGGAAACAGAGCGUGGACAGUUCUCCAGGAGACUCAACAGCACAUUCUUAGACUGAGAGUGGGGAAUUCUUUUGCUUGAUUUCCUAACUUGAGCUGGCUUUCAUGGUAUGUUUUUUUCUCCACAGUUGACUCUGGCCCCUUUGCUCAGCUCACCCCUGAGCAGAGUCGACAGAGCUCAGUGGCCAGCAUUUCUGGGUGGAUGGCGCCUGAAGUGGUGACAGGUCAACCAUAUGGCCCCAAAGUGGACAUAUGGUUUUUUGGAAUCGUGGGCAUCGAAAUGGUGGAACGAGAAGUCCCUUACCGGAAUAAAACUGUUUCGGCUCAACUCCUGAUAGCCAGAGGAGGGAGACCAAAGCUGCGGCAGCCCAACCGAUGCUCGUCUUGCCUGCGUGACUUCCUGAGCUGCUGCCUGCAGACAGACGAGGCACGGCGCUGGUCUGCCAAGGAUCUCCUGCAGCAUCCAUUUGUAACAUCAGCCAAGCCAGCGUCCACCCUGGUACCACUCAUCAACUCAGUGAAGAAGGAGAAGAAGAAGAAGACAAGAAUCUAACAGUCAAGAUAUUAUCUCCAUAACCAAGUUAGAGUAGGAUUGUAGAGUAGGACUCUAAAGUAGGAUUAUUGAGUUGUUUUGUAGUAUAGGUUUAUAGAGUAGGAUUGGAAUUAAAUAAAGUUUCUGAAGCAUCAACUCAUUUGGCAGA